CGAACAGAAGAAAAACAAAAGCAAAUAUCCCUGCAGACAAGCGAAGUAAACUCAAAAUGGAUAGAGAAAAGUGGUAUAAUUAGCACACAUUCCAUAGGAAAAUGCAGCUAAGAUGGAAGUAUUUACGAAACAGCCAAUCAGACGCACUCCUCAACCAACACUUUCGACCUCGCCCUAUGGACUGCUAUUAUUAUAUUACCCUCUCGUGAUUAUUUGUUUUCUGUUGGUUUUCAUGCUGCUGCAGCGGUCCAGGAUGGCCUCUACACCCUUGACCGUCGGAAAAUCAUCUCGUCAUUAUGACUUUGAGGGUACCUAUAGUCCGUCCGCUCCUCCAUAGUGGUAAGUACUUAACCUCAUUUCAAAUGGAAAGAAAGGAUUAAGAGAAAUAUGU